AUGAAACUUUUAUUCAAUGAUUCUUUAACAUCUUUGAAUAUUCCAAUAAAUGAUAAUCAUUUCAAUGAUUCAAUGAAUAAUCAACAAUUGAAUAAUGAACAUGUUCAUAAUGAAACUGUUUUAAAUAGUACAACUCAUAGUGUCAGUUCAACGACUGAAUCAAUGAUCAAUGAGAUUGAGAUAGUGAAUACAACAGCAAUAAUGAUGAAUAUAACAGAUAAUAUAACCAUCAUGAAUGAUACUACUAAUUAUAUUACAGUAGAUUAUCAUAAAGAGAAUUUAAGAACAAUCACUACACAUCCUACUAUCGAUGUAAAUUCUAAGAAAACAACAGAAGUUAAUAUGAAUUCAUGGUCAUCAUUAACUUCAUUAUCCACACCAUAUAUAUCACGUAUAGAAGAUAGUGAAACACAACAAGUUUAUAGAUCAUUCUCAGCACCAGUUGAUAUAACUCAUACAAAAACUGGACAAGCUACAUUGAAACAUCAACAACUAAUUUUAAAGCAUCCAAUUGAAAGAACUGAACAUAAAGGAUUGUCCUAUGGUGGUAUCGUCAGUCUUUCUAUACUGGGGGUCACUUUUGGUUUAUUAUUAUUAAUUUGGUUUCGUAAACGUUGUUUAUUGAAAAAGCGUCGAUCAAAAAAAGAUGGUAAAAAAAUGUCAUUAGCUGGUGGAAAAUUAGCAGCGGAUUUAAAAACAGCAGCUCAUUUAUCAGAAGCAUUAAAAAGUCAAGAUAAGGUUGCAUUGAAAACCGACAUGGAAAUGAAUGAACAAGAACAAGCGGGUGAUCAUGAAAAGGAGAAACAAUAUUUUGGAAAGUUACAAUUUUCAUUAGAUUAUGAUUUUCAAAAAGCUGAGGGAAUGCUGAUGACUAGCAGUAACCAGUUCAAAUCAACCGUUUCAGAUGAUGAUAGUAUAAAAUUACAAAUCAAUAGAGAUCCGAUCAACAAAUGUUCACUUCAUUGUUGA